AUGGCUAUUGUAGAAAUUUUUCUGGGCGCGUUUUUAGCUGUGCUAUUCGAGAGAUUGGCCUCUCGCGAGCUAUUGAGCUUUGCUCGCAGCGUCGGAAUUCAUACCCAGGUGAUGAAAUUGCUCAAAGUGCUGAGUACUAUUAAAGCGUUGCUCAACGAUGCAGAGACUAAGCAAAUAAGUGACGAAACUGUGAAUCUGUGGCUGGAGGAUCUGAGGGAUCUGGCUUACGAUGUGGAUGAUCUUGUGGACGAGAUCGAGAUAGAAGCUUUGGCCCAUAAAUUGAAGACGGAGACCGAAGCAGCAGAUACCACCAGCAAGGUGAAGGUACUGAACUUCCUAUCUACUUCUUUGACUGAUUUCCCUAGAUAUAUUGAGCUCAAAUUCAAGUUGGAGCCCAAGAUUGAGGAGAUCGCUGUCAGAUUAGACGAUAUUGCACAACUAAGAGAUGUUCUGAGUUUGAGAGCUACUCCGGAAGCAGGGUUAAGCAAAAGCAGAGAGAGAUCGGAAACAACUUCCUUGGUGGUUGAAUCCCAUGUCUGUGGUCGGGAAAAGGAAAAACAAGAAAUACUUGAAUUGGUGCUCAAGGAUGAAUCGAAUAAUGCUGAAGCACGCGUCAUUCCAAUAGUUGGUAUGGGUGGUGUGGGCAAGACCACUCUUGCUCAACUUGUCUACAAUGAUGAGAAGGUUAAGGAUUUCUUUGAUACGAAAGCAUGGGUGUGUGUUUCUGAAGAGUUCGAUGUAUUCAUGAUAACCAAAAUUAUUCAUGAGGAAGUGACCGAGCGAAGUUGUAACUUCAGCAACCUCAACAGGUUGCAAGUCAGUCUCAAAGAGGAACUUUCUCGAAGAAAAUUUCUUAUUGUUCUGGAUGAUGUUUGGAACGAGAAAUACGAAGAUUGGGAUCGCCUUCGUCCUCCUUUUCUAGUUGGGCUACCAGGAAGUAAAAUUAUUAUUACGACUCGGAGUGACCGUGUUGCACGUAUCAUGGGUUCUGUUUCUCCUUACCCUCUGAAUGUUUUGGCAGAAGACGACUGUUUGUCUUUGUUGGCUCAACAUGCGUUGGGUACAAAAAAUUUUGAUGACCAUCUAAAUUUGGAAGCAAUUGGCAAGGAUAUAGUCAAAAAGUGUGGACGUUUGCCUUUGGCAGCGAAGACACUAGCAGGCCUUCUGCAUAAUAUACAUAGCCCAGAUGAGUGGAAAGCUGUACUGAAUAGCAAAAUCUGGGAGUUAUCCGAGAACAAGAGUGGCAUCCUUCCAGCUCUGAGAUUAAGCUAUCUUCAUCUCCCUUCUCACUUGAAGCAAUUGUUUGUAUAUUGUGCUAUAUUUCCGAAAGACUAUGUGUAUGACAAGGAUGAGCUAGUUUUGUUAUGGAUGGCAGAAGGAUUUCUGCAACAAUCAGAAGAAAUGGAAGUGCUAGGUGGCAGCUGUUUCAUGGAGCUAUUUUCAAGGUCCUUCUUCCAACGUUCAGGUGGCACCAAAUCAAAAUUUGUGAUGCAUGACCUUUUGAAUGAUCUAGCUCAAUAUGUUGCUGGAGAAACAUGCUUUAGGUUGGAUGAUAAUAUGGAGGGCAAUGAACGGUGUAAGAUUUCUGAAAAAGCUCGCCACUUGUCAUUCAUUCGCCUCAAAUAUGAGGUCUAUAAAAGAUUUAAGGCAUUUCAUGAACUUCGGGGUUUGCGGACUUUCUUACCGCUGCCAAUUUAUAAGUCACCUAGUUGGGAACGCUUCUAUUUAAGCAAUAGUAUUUUGGUCAACCUACUACCAAAAUUGCGGUGCUUAAGAGUCUUAUCUUUGAAUGGGUACAAUAUAAGUGAGCUACCCAACUCGAUGGGGGAUUUGAAACAUCUUCGGUAUCUGAAUUUAUCUCAGACAUUUAUUAAAAGGUUGCCCGAAACGGUGAGUACUCUCUACAAUUUAGAGACAUUAUUAUUAAAAGAUUGCCCCGCACUCUGUAAGUUGCCCACCAACAUUGAAAAUUUGGUGAACCUGCGCCAUCUUGACAUUCGAGAUACUCCAAAAUUAGAAGAGAUGCCCUCAGGGAUUGAUAGAUUGAAACAUUUGCAAACAUUGCCAAAGAUUCUUGUUGGCAAAAAUAGUGGAUUUGGACUCAGAGAUUUGAACAACCUAGUGCUUCUGAGAGGGAUGCUUUCCAUUGCAGGGAUAGAAAAUGUUACGGAUGUGCAGGAUGCAAAAGAGGCUAACUUAUGUUGUAAGCAGGAUAUUAAUGAGUUGGAAUUUAAAUGGAAUAGUGACAUUGAAGAUUCUCAAAAUGAUGGGCUGCAAGUUAGUGUACUUCAAAUGCUACAGCCACAUAGAGAAUUAAAAAGCCUUACAAUUGAAUUCUACAGGGGCAUCACAUUUCCUAGUUGGAUUGGGGAUCCAUCAUUCUCUAAAACUGUGUAUAUUAGAUUUCAAUGUUGUACAAAAUGCGAGUUUUUACCACCCCUUGGCCAGCUACCCUUGCUCAAAGAACUAUACAUAGGAGACAUGCAUGCUGUGAAAAGCGUGGGUGCAGAGUUCUAUUACGGUGGUAGCACUUCGGAGAUUCCAUUUCCAUCACUUGAGAUUCUGUCGUUUGGCGAGAUGCCAAAAUGGGAAGAAUGGUCUUUUUCUUAUGGUGUUGAUUUUAAAGGACUUUUCCCUCGCCUUUGUCGGCUUAUUAUACGCAAUUGUCCUAAAUUGGUGAGUGUUCCACUUUUAAGACUUCUCUCUCUUGGCAAUUUAGAGAUAACAAAUUGUGAUGAGGCUGUGUUGAAAAGUUUUACCGAAUUACCCUUAUUAACCACAUUGAAUAUUGAGAAUAUGCCGGGUCUAACUCAUCUGCCGAAGGAGUUCAUGAAUGUGUUGGUGUCACUUAAAGAUCUUGCAAUUGCAGAAUGUCCCCUGUUGGUGACUUUGUGGCAGAAUGGGCUUGCACCACAAAACCUUUGCAACUUGUUUGUAAGAUUUUGUGAAAAUCUGGAGAGAUUGCCUUAUGACCUGAAAAACCUUACAUCUCUCCAGGAGGUGUACAUCCAUUAUUGCCCAAAGUUUGUCUCUUUUCCUGAGGACAGUCUCCCUCCCACGAUUAGUCGUCUUGAUGUUCAAGAAUGUGAUUCUCUGGAGUCCAUCCCUAAUUGCAUCGCUCGUCUUGAACACUUGACCCUCAAUAAUUGCUCCUCUCUAAGUUCUUUCCCAAUAGACACUCUUCUCUCCAAGCUUAAGUCAGUUUACAUUGAGAAUUGCGGGAAUUUGGAGUGUUUUAAAGUGACUGUCGAACAGAGCAUCAUGUCAAGAAACUUUGGGAUCAGUAAUUGGCCCAAUUUGGAGCGUUUUGUCGUAUACAGACAAGAAUUUGGAUGUCGGUUGAAAUAUCAAAUCCCCCACUCACUCUCAGGGAGUGGUUUGCUCACUCCCAACUUAGUAAGUUUUCAAAUUGAUUGGUUUGAAAAUCCCUUUUACUUUCCUAGCCAGAGUCAAAGCUUCACUUUCCUUAAAUCACUCACUAUAAGUAAUUGUAAAAGUCUUGGGUCCUUUCCUGACCAGAAUUUGCCCCCCAACCUAGAAGAGCUAUGUAUCUGCAAUUACGGAGAACUAAAGCCUCUAUCAGAGUGGGGCCUGCAAAGACUCUUCUCUCUUGGGAGUUUCACCAUGGCUCGUGUAUAUCCACAGCUACUUUCCUUUCCUGAGUCGUGUUUUCUUCCCGCUACUCUAAAAUCCCUUCAUAUUUUUCGAUUUUGGAAUCUAAAGUCUCUCUCUAAGGGGCUUCGAAACUUGACCUCUCUUGAGCGUCUGCAAAUCAACAAUUGCCCCAAGUUUGAGUCUUUCUCUGAGGGGCUUCAAAACCUAACCUCUCUUGAGCAUCUGGAAAUCGAGAAUUGCCCCGAGUUGGGUUCCUUGCCGAACGAAAUGAUACUUGACACGCUUUUGAUCCUGCACAUACAGGGAUGCCCACUUCUUGAAGGACGGUAUUCCAAGGAGAAUGGAGUAGAUUGGCCCAAGAUUGCUCACAUCCCCAACGUUCACAUUCGUUAUCGCAGAUAGUGAUGAAGCAUGUUGGAAGUGGCAACUUUCUUAAAUGCCAACCACCGAGGCAGAGGCACUGCCAUAGCUACCACGCCGGAGCUAGAGCCACAACUUCCUCUUCUCCCAGGUAUCCCUCUUCUCUUUUUCACUCUCUCUUCACACACACGCAGAUAACAGCUCCCAAACUUCCCCUUCUAUGAAUCCUAACCCCUCCCCCCUCUGCGCAACCUAUUCCCUAUACACACGCACACACACACACACACACACACAACACAGCACACAAAACACCCAAACCCACACAGAACACACACCCCACCCCAUAACCCCAUGUCCCAGCACCUGCUUCCUCAUCUUCCCUGGCGACCACCAUAAACCCACCCCCCUUCAUCAAACCCACACCACCACACAAUGACCCAUCAAGUGUUUGUUUAAAUUCCUAAUUGAAGUUUGUGCAAAUGUUUGACAAUAUUUGGGUUCGACUCUCUUCAAAGGUGGAGAGGAUUUGGAGUGACCUUUAGUUUUUCUGUUCUAGACUUGAUUUGGCAAAUGGUUACCUUCCUAAAAGACAUCUUGGAAAUGUUUUUGAUUGCAGUACAAAAGAAAAAAUAUUUUUUCUGCACUUCCUUUUUUGCCCUUUUCGUAACUUUGCAUUUAAUUCCUUGAUUACCAAUACUUUAACUUGCUGAUUCCAGUAAAGAGAGGUAGCAUAUUGAACUAAAAAUAUGAAAGAAACACCACACUUCCUCUAUAAAAUCACUCUGAUUUUUUUUAAUUUUUGUUGACAACAUGAUAGAUUGGUCGUUCACAUGGAAAAUAUUGAGGGAGAGAAUCUUUUGUGGUUAAUGAUUCUUCCAAUUUUAUAUUUUUGCCUUUUGUUGAAGUUGUAAAUUGUACAGCUGGAUAGCAUUUGAACUUGAGCACGACUUCAUCCAUAUUGGGAUGCAAUCAAUUAUAUUGUUACAUAGUUUUUUAUGCAGUUCAGUCAAAUGAUUGUAAUUUAUAAGAAUCUUAAUAUGUCUGGUAGUGUCUACACAUUUUGAAUUUGAAAUUUGGGUGUCAUCCAUUUACUUGCCACAACCAUACAAGUGUGGUGUAGGUUAUUGAUUUUAAAAUUUGACACUUUUUAGUUGAAUUGGGCAAAAAUUUGGUGCUUUAAUUUAUAAUGAUGUUGUGUUAUUGGGUUGAAUAGUGGUGGGAUUCUGAUG